ACUCGGUCCUGAUUUGUGUAGCGCUCGGCCUGUUCCACAGAGGGGAACCGUAUUCGUGGGGGGAGCGUCUCGGCGUCUCGGCUCGUGUCGUGUUGGAGGAUUUUUGCAUGUAAACAAAACGGACCGAGAAACGCUUGAUAGCUGAACGUUAGCUGUGCGGGUCGGUUUGGCGGACGUGUUUCAUGUAGAUGCGCGCGCAUCGGCACGAGCACACAACACACACAUCAAAUGUCACAAGUUAGUUAGCGUUAGUUUAAUAUAAAAACUACCUGGGGUAAUGAUGCACAGCUAUCUUAUGCUGCAUUUAAGCUAAUUUAAGCUGAGAGAUGAUAUGAUAUGCAUUUAGGCCUUGCACCAAAGUUGAACUUUAUAACUUGUCAGUUUUGCGCGAGGCCCGCACUUUCAGGGCCGUUUUGGAUGAGGAAGUGAACUCAACGCGGACAACCCAGGAGAAAGGAACCCAUUUGAUGGGCAAAUCCUCUUUCCUGAACUCCUGGGGCAAAAUCUGAGCAGUGAUCAUGGACGAACAGGAGGUCCUAAAUUCGAUCAUGCAGGACCUGGCUGAACUGCAUCGCUCCAAUCGGUCAGCCAUGCCUGAUCUGGGAAAACCCAAAGCCUCGUCGCCCAAGAACCAGAAUGAUGUUCGGGUGAAGUUUGAGUACCGAGGAGAGAAGAGGAUCCUGCAGUUUCCUCGACCUCUUAGGCUGGACGAUCUGAGUGCUAAAGCUAAAGUGGCGUUUGGUCAAACGAUGGACCUGCACUACACAAAUAAUGAGCUGGUGAUUCCAUUGAGCACCCAAGAUGAUCUGGAUAAGGCUGUUGAGCUGCUGGAUCGCUCUGUCCACAUGAAGAGUCUCAAAAUACUGCUUGUGCUUCCACCAUCUUCUCAGAACUCCCUCUCCGGUAUGAAUAUGUUGCUGACUCACGAGCAUCUCGACAACACGGACAGGAAGAACAUGCUGGCCUUGAUAGGAUCUCAGUCGACAGACCGAAGCUCUCCCCCUCCAGGCUAUAUCCCCGAUGCUCUCCAGCAGGUGGCCAGAAACGGCUCGUUCACCAGCAUCAAUAGCGAGGGCGAGUUUAUACCUGAGAGCAUGGACCAGAUGCUGGAUCCACUGUCCAUGAGCAGCCCAGAGAAUUCCGCAUCAGGCAGUUGUCCAUCGCUGGAUAGCCCUCUCGACAGUGAUACCUAUCCUAAAUCCCGCAUGCCUCGAGCACAGAGUUACCCAGACAACCAUCAGGACUUUCCAGAAUGCGACAUUCCAGUAUUUGAGAAGUCAGGGAAAGGUGGUACGUAUCCACGGAGAUACCCCAUCCACUUUGGUAUGCAGGACUACAGUGAUGGACGUAAGACAUUUCCACGAGCACGGCGAACACAGGGACACGGUUUCCGCUCACCCAUGAGUUUCAGUCCGACAGACCAGAGCCCGAGCACCAGCAGCGGCAGCAGCAUCUUCUCACCUGAAUUGGAAGAGCCAGGCCGUCGUCGCCGUGGCAGCGACAUAGAGCCCAACCCCAACACGAACCCAACGCUCUCUGUCAUGGACAUCAGCCCCCCCAGUCGCUCUCCUCGCGCCCCCACAAACUGGCGCCUGGGAAAGCUGCUGGGGCAGGGAGGAUUUGGUCGGGUCUUCCUCUGUUACGAUGCUGACACGGGCAGAGAACUCGCUGUCAAACAGGUCCAGUUCGACCCAGACAGCCCGGAGACGAGCAAGGAGGUGAGUGCAUUGGAGUGUGAGAUCCAGCUCCUAAAGAAUCUUUUUCAUGAACGUAUCGUCCAGUACUACGGAUGCUUGCGGGACACACAUGAAAGAACUCUGUCGAUCUUCAUGGAAUACAUGCCGGGGGGAUCAAUUAAAGACCAACUCAAGUCAUACGGCGCACUGACAGAAAAAGUCACGCGUAAAUACACACGGCAGAUCUUGGAAGGAGUGUGUUACCUGCACAGCAACAUGAUUGUACACAGAGAUAUUAAAGGUGCUAAUAUUUUGAGAGAUUCAGCUGGGAAUGUAAAGCUAGGUGACUUUGGGGCAAGUCGGCGGCUACAGACCAUCUGUCUCUCGGGAACGGGUAUAAAAUCAGUGACAGGAACACCAUACUGGAUGAGUCCAGAAGUCAUUAGCGGAGAGGGCUAUGGGAGGAAAGCCGAUAUAUGGAGUGUCGGCUGCACCGUAGUUGAAAUGCUAACUCAGCGGCCUCCCUGGGCGGAGUUCGAGGCGAUGGCAGCCAUCUUCAAAAUCGCAACUCAGCCAACCAACCCUACACUCCCAGCUCACGUCUCUGACCACUGCCGCGACUUCCUAAAACGCAUUUUUGUGGAAACAAAACAGAGGCCGGCUGCUGAGGACUUAUUACGGCAUGUUUUCGUUCACUAACCCCUUCCCGUCCUUGAUCACUGAACGAUUAGAGACAACCCUAAGUGUCUGCUCUUUUCUACACUUCGCCCAGCCUGCUGUAAAGCGUUCCCUUUUGGAGUGGACAAAAUGGGGGGUGGGGGGUGGGGGGAACGUGCGGCUUAGCAGGAAAGGGGCUCCAUGCCCCUGUUGGUGGAGGAUAGCAUUUUGGGAGCAGCUUGAUUCUGUAUGAAAUCAUUGCACCUUAAUUUCACUCAGGGGUUCAUACCCCUAAAGACUAAAGGAGUUUUGUUAUCGUAGACAAUUUUCUUUCUUUUGAGGGAGAGAAGGAGACCAGGUCUCCCAAUAGGAAACCAGGCUCCAGGGAGUCUCAUCAGGCUCGUGGGAUAAAUCUGAGAAGCUAUCUUGUUCCAACACAAUUUGUUGAAUGUUCUGUCAAGCCCAGGAGAGGGUUGGUGUGCCAUCAAGCUGCUAAAAAAAAUAGCAAAUCUAAGGGGAAAAAAAAAAGAUCUGACCACAGGGUGUUGGGACUCCAGCGUUACUCCUCCAAGUUCUCAUUGUCUUGCACAGUUCGUAUAGACCACAGACACACACUUUUAAAGUUCCUUGACAUUUAUACUUCAGAUUUUAUCACUCACUAUGCUGUACAAAUGUUCAUUUUUGCUGUAUUUCUGUCUCCCUCUUUUGUGUUCACGGAUUAUGUGGAGUGUGCCACUCUAGGGUCAAGCAGGAUUAUGCUUCAUUUGCUUCACUCGCAAUUGGUGUCGCUUUUGCUUUGUGCCUUUUUAGGUUUGUGGAAACAGUUUUUUGCGCGUUUGCGCUCCCAUGCCGAGUGACCUGCAAGUCUUGUCCUUGACGUAUUUUCUGCUUUAUUAACAAACUGACUCCAGGUCAGGUCCUUAAGCACUCCCUUUGCCUUCACGUAACACAGUGCCGUUGUCUUCAGUGUGAGGUUGUGUUUGAAACCCAUUUAUGCGUAAAAGCCAAAAACCCACUGUGGGGUUGGUGCCUAGUGACUUGAAAACUAAAAUCCACCCUAAACGACUUGCAUAUCGAUUUUUAAAACAAACACAUCUUCAGUUGUGUUAAAGAUUUAUUUGAAUUUAUAUAAUUACAACUUUUCAUUCAUAUGAUGCUCUGGUUUUACUUAACGUUUUCCCACGUCUCACGCAAUGCCACUUGACGACCCGUGGGUGCGUCGCCGUGUGGGUUUUUUGUUUUCUCUUCACCCAUACAGAGUAACAUCCUUUACUCUGUUUAGCUCCAGAUCUCUGUAUUCUAGCUCAGUUUCCAAAGCUUUUAACUUUAGUGCUUUCAUUGCUGUCAGUGCCAACAAGUCCAGCAUGUUGUACGUCUCCAGUUUGCCGCUGGACAACUGAGUAAUAUUAUAGAUGCUUUGCAUUCUGUGACAGUGCUUUUUGAAUGUGGGGUUCUGUGUGCUUUGAAUGUCUAGUUUGAAAAGAAACUCUUAGUCUUUGCAGAAUCAGAGCGUAAUUCCUCUUGAAUGUUUUUCUCGUUUUAAUCAGCAGUGUCUCGCUGCGGCAUCACAGCUACACAUGACAAAACCCUACACAGCACCGCGAUGUGUACAUACUAUCGCCAGAGUUUCUUAAACACGGCGCGGAUAUUUCACCGCAAUCAUAUGUAAUGUCUUUUAGGGUGGAGUUUUCCUUAAGCAGCAGUAUGAAUGUUAUUUAUUUGAAAUCGACGAUUGACUGAAUAUACACAAAAUAUUCUUUAAAAAAAAAGAAAAAUGUAUUUACACACGUUUAAUUGCCAUAUUUUGGAAGCCUUUUAAUUCUAUAGUAUUAUUAUUAUUUUUUUUGCAGUACCAUAAGAUAUGAAGAAAAAGUAUGAGAUUUUACUCAAGAUUUGAGUUCAGUGUUUUUGUUUAUUUAUUUUAUUUUUUUUAAAAAGCAGACCUCGGAAACUAACAUGGAUUCAAGUUCUCGUCAGUAGUACUUGACCGUAUUUGUAACUGAAACUCGCUGUUCUAUCUUGAGACAGGUAUUCAUUUUUGGUUUGGCUCAUCUUAUUAAUCCGUAACCCACAAUUGCACACACUACUGCAGCAUGCUUAGUGUCUCAGCUUGCUUUUUGUUUGCAGAAGUGUAGCUUGAUUGGAAAUAUACGGUACACCAGUGCCUAGGUAGUGUUUUUUUUUUGGUUUUUUUUGCACAAGUUUCUCUUUGGUACCUUUUUUAUGCCUUGGGUCUUGGCACAGCUCUUUGGCAUCUGUUUGCUUGUUCGUACACCACCACUGAAUUUUCUGAACGAGCUUAACCUUUUAACAAAGUACACCGUUCAAUGAAGUGAUGUUUUGCUCGUAGGCCCAGACUGAUCAGAACCAUGCUCCCUGUGUAUAGAAUCAAAGGGCCAUGUUUACUUCCAGACAUUUCGACUACUCCAAACGAAUUAUUUUCUUCAUUGACCUUAAACUCAACAGUCUGUAAAGUUUCCUCAUACAUGUAUUACACAUGUAAUCCCAUCCGAAUUUUUUUCCAAAGAUUUUAGAUACCUUUAAGUUGGCAUGUAAACAUGUUUAUCAACCGUCAGUUUUGCCCUCAUGUACAUUUGUGAGAUAUUUAAAAACAAAACAAACUAAAAAAACUUACGCUUUAAUGUGAAUGCACACUUAUGCAUUUGGUUUGGAACCUCUCAAAGCUAAAUCUAAUGAUGUGCAUAAAAAGCUGCUGGGUUUUUGGUCACACAUGAAAAGGACAUGAUCUGUUUAGUCGUUCACAUAGGUCAGAGUUUGCAGAGCAAAAAAAAAUCCUGUAGGGCAUCAUGUCAAAGUAGUUACAGUUUGUUUGAUGAAAACAUUACAUCAGAUUCGCACUAGCCUGCUGUUUUGUUGUUAUUGUUGUUGGUGUUUGUGUGAGAGAGGGAGACAAGGAGAGAGCUUUUUUUCCCACUAGCACUGUAAAGUAUUGACUACCACAAGAAACAAGAAAAAGCAGAUACGCCGGUGCUUUAAAAAAAAAAAAAAAAAAAGCCUCUCAAGAGCCGUUAACGAUUAAGACGCAACCGUUUCACUCCGAACAAUGUUUACAGCUUUUGUACUCCAGCUUCAUCUGUUUACUGUUAGAGACUCAGAGAGCCUAUUGUUUGAAUUGUUUAGUGUCAUUAUGUUGAAGCACUCUCAGUCCAGUUAAUGCAAGUUCAGGUACAUUCUGACACCCUAGUCCAGUAAUUAUUGGUACAUCCUGGUUCUCUGAGCCAUCAGCACUUUUUUUUUCUUUAAUUGCUCUACUGCGUUCCUUGUUGUGCUUUAGCCAUGUAUCUCAAAGUCAAAAGGUCAGAAUUGGAAAGUGCUCCUGUUCGUUUAGGUUUAAGGUGCGAUUGAAACACAGUUUUACGUUUUUCUGUUCGUACUGAAAUGGAAAGAAAGCAUUAUUCUGUGUCUGUUAGAAUACUUGGUGUGCAGGCCUUUGUAACGUACGUACGUACAAUUGUACAAUCGUCUGUCCUUUUGAUGUUGAAAUUUUUGCACAUUUUUCAAGACCAUAAUUUGUACACUGAUUUUAAUACUUUUGCCAGUGAAUGUUUGGCACAUCGUGUGUGUGUGUGUGUGAAAGAAAGAGAGAGAGAGAAAGAAAUAGUGUGUGUGUACAAAUGUGUGAAUGCUUUUGUUUAUACAUAGAGACAGGGAACAAUUAAAGUUUCUCUGACUCGGUGUGGCGGGAAGAGCCGAGCUUGUGCAGGAGCGUACUGCUCGAAUUCCAGAUGGCACUGUUUGUGUGUUGGCUUGUACUUCUGCAUUCUUGUAUGUCUGUAUGCUGUCUGCAGGAUCGAACAAGCCGCCUUCAUGUUGUUGUUGUGGUUGUUGUUGUUGUUGUUGUUGUUGUUCCACCUUCAACAUUUUCUAACAACUUGUUCCUAAUCACCAUCCAAGCAUCACUUAACUAACAGGACAGGCUUUCUAAUGAGGUUUGUUGUGCCACUGCUGCCACUCCUGAAUGCACUUUUUUUGUAUGGAUGUGUGUGUACGUGUGUGCGGGCGUCAGACCUUUUUCUGAAUUGCGUAUUGCCAGUGCAAAAGGCACUGCACUCAAUGCCUUGCGCUUUUGACUACACAACUGAAAAGGGAAAGUUAAAUAAAUAAGUAUAACCAAAAGUGGAAAAAAAUGCCAAAAAAAAUUAAAAAUUAAUAAAAAGAAAGAUUUUCUCUUUUCGACAGAGUUUACUUAUCUGACUUAAAACUCUCUUGUCUGCUUUGUCUAUGGUACGAGAAAGCCAUGUUUAUAAUUCAAUUUGGUUUGUGACCAAUAAGCCUGUUUAUAUGAAAUCUGUAUAUCAGUGCUACGCAUAAUUUUUUUAUAUAUAUAUAUAUAUAAAUUUUAUUUUAUUUUUUUCUUCUUCUUUUUUUUUUUUAAACUCGAGAUUAUAUGCAUGAUAGGCAUUCGAAAACACCAAUGAGGUUGUGACCUGCUGUGAAAGCAGAGCUGAUUGGACAAUUUGCUGGACAUCAUGAGAUUGCCUGUUAACGGCUGGCACUUUGUAUAGUGUUGCUAAUAAUGAUGAUAAUGAAUAAAAAAGA